UAAUUACCAAAUAUUACAAAAAGUUUAAAAUACAUUGAAUGAAAGUUUAACUAUGAAAUUGUUAUUAAGUUUGAUAUUGUCAUCAUUGAUUGUUUGGUUAAGCAAAGUUGGUCUCACUUGAGCGUUUCUGUUGAGGAAGUUUAAAAAGUAACGGCUUCAGAAGAGAGAAGUCUUACAAGAGAAAUUUCUUUUAAUAACAUUGUAAAAUAUGGAUUUAUUUAAAACACCGACAAAUAAAAAAUACAGAAGUAGAGUUAAAGAUAAUCCAGAGUUACAAACACCUAUAAAAAUACCGGCCUCGCCGUUUUUAGAACAAAUUGGUUAUGGAUGCGGAGUUAGUGUAUUUAAUUUGGAACGAUCGCCGAAAGUUGGCUUUGUUAGAUCACCAUGGGCAAUAAAGAAACGGAAUCGUAAAAUUCAGGAAAGUGAAAAAUACAAUGAACGCAUUCGAUUCGAAGCCGAAAUACUUCGUAAACUAAAUCAUCCGAAUAUCGUCGGUUUUCGAGCUUUUGCUGAAAUGGCAAAUGGCGAGCCAUGCCUAGCAAUGGAAAAAUUAGAUGCAUCAUUAGGUGAUAAGAUAGAAGAAAGGGCUGAAAAUGAUGAUGAUCCAUUUCCUGCCAAGGUUAUUUUAAAAAUCACAUAUGAAAUUGUAAAAGGAUUAGUAUAUCUCCAUCACACUGCCCAUAUUCUACAUGGUGACAUUAAAAGUUUUAAUAUAUUAGUUUCGGAAGAUUAUAAUAGAGUUAAGCUCUGUGAUUUUGGAGUAUCCGUACCAUUAACAGAAUCUUUAGUACUAGAUACUUCAAAAGGUGAUUUUAGAUAUAUAGGAACAGAGUGUUGGAGUGCACCAGAAAUUGUCAAUGAGACUGGUCCUGUUACAAAUAAGGCAGAUAUCUGGACAUGUGGAAUGGUUAUUUGGGAAAUGAUAGCUUUGUCACCACCUCAUGUACAAAUGAGUGAUUCUUCUUUGGAGGAAUCAUGUUCAGAUGAGUCAUUAUUAGAAAUGCAAGGAAAAAAGGAAGAAAAGGUGAAUGAACAAAAUAUUAGUAUGGAUGAUAGUGUUACAUUCUUCUCAGAAAUAGCUAAAUAUGGUACUCGGCCUCCAUUACCAGCUAUUAAUUUAGGGAAAGAAUAUCAAAAUGUACUUGAGAUAUUUUUUGCAUGCACUUGCGAAAAGUAUGAAGUGAGACCUAGUGCAAAAGGUCUUGAUAAUUAUUUUAAAAACUGUAUAUACAAAAUUCAGAAGUAAUAUAAUUUUACUUUUAAUAUUUUUUAUAAAUUACCAUGACUAAUUUUAAUUUGCCAGAGUAUAUUAAAAGGUUCUGUUAAAAAAAGACAUCUGCAUUAAAAUGCAGUAAAAUUUUAUUUUCACAAAGUUUUAUAUUGGUUUCUAUACAAAUAUGAUUAUCAGCAAGAAAACAAUAAUUAUUAUGCUGAUUAUUAUACAGAGCUUAAUUUUUCUCUGAAAAAAAUAUUUGACAUUUAAUAGUAUUAUUAUUUGUAUAAUUAUAUAUUUAACAUUGAUUAAUAUUGAUACCUUUCUGUGUCUGUGACUGUGUUGUUCUGCUUUCUUAAGAUCUGUGCGACCGCUAUCAACAUUAUCUGCCGUUUUCCCGGCAAAGUAUUCUACGCUAUUCAACUGGUCUCCCUAUAAAAAAACGAAUAAAAAGAAUUACAUACACAUAAA